AACGCUGACACGGUGGCGUCCUCAAGUUUGAAAAUAUGGCGGACUCGAUGAGUUUUGCUCCCCCAACAAAAGCUUGUAGCUCAAGUGAUCUUAUGCGAGAAAAGUUGGAAAAAUGGCGUCGAAUGAAAGGAAGGUCUUCCGUUUGUGGUGCCAUGACUGUUUACAAUCGUUCCGGAUCAGCUGUUUCGUCAGACAUAAAUAAGAACGCUAACUGUCUCCAGAAAAGUUUAUCAGCCACCUCUAGAAUAAUGAGAGAGUCAAGGAUACUUCAAAGACAGCCAGAAAGUGCUGCAGAAAGAUACAAGAGGAUAUCUAACCAUGCAUAUAAGUUAACUGGUGUACAGAAACGAAGAAAGACUUCAAGUGUUUUUCAAAGGAAAGCUCUCCCUGAUAGUGCCAGGAACCUGGCACUAUCAGGGAACCUGAAGACCACCCCUCCAAAACAGACACCUAGAAAGCUGAAAACAUACAAGGACAAGACUCUCAGUAUGAGAGAAAGGCUUGAACUCUGGAGAGUUGAAAAGAGGCAGCCCAACUCAGACAAAGCUGCCAUGAGAUCUAAAACACUUGGGAAAAGACUUAAUUGGAUGUCAGCUUCUGCAAAAGAAAAUCAGAACAAUUAUUACAGACUGGAAAACACUAAAGAAGUAUUGACUCCUGCUUCUACAAAGCAACCAUUUAAGUCUGGGGUAAAAUCGACCUCUAAGAAAUCAACCUCUGACUGUCAAUCUCAUCGUAAAUCUUCUACAGUACAAUCAAACAAUGUGUGGCAAUCAAAGCUAAUCCAAUGUGAAGUAACACUACAGUCUACUUUUCCAUAUGAUCCUGAAGUAAAGUCAUACAAAAACAAGGCUCUUGAUAUAAGGGAACGAUUGGACCUUUGGCUUGCUGAAAAAGGAAAAACACCAAAGUACAGGACACCAGCUGUGCUGCAACAUUCCAAAAGUGUUCAACAAAGAAAUUCCGUGGAGGAAAAAAAGAGACUUUCCUUUAAGGGAGGAGAGGAAAGUGCUUGUGUCAUGGACAAUGAUGUCUGUGCCAUUUCACCUGAUGAAGGGGAAAAUGUUGAAGGAAAACUGCAAGAGUGUUUGCAACAGUUAGAAUUGAAUGAAUAUGAUGCAGAUGAAGUAGGGUCCAAGCUGGAUUUCUACAGAUCAACAUGUUCACGCAUCUGUCAGAUGACGAACUACUGGCUGUGCCGGGCAAAGAUUGCCCAACAUCAGAAAGACUACAAUAGAGUAGUGUGCUUACUGGAGCAAGCUUUUGUCUUCAAGGCACAGCCAGAUUCAGUCCUGAAGGAUGCAGUGUGUGCUUUUGUGAAUUUCAUAAAGGAAAAUGAGCCAAAAGAUGAGAUUUGUCCAUCACUACCACAUGAAUCUCCUCCACAUGAAGCUAAGAUUGACGUUAAAGACAUUUUGUCAGAGGAGCUGAACUCUUCCAUCAUAAAGUUCUGUUUAAUGGAGGUCACACCUUACAGAAAAAAGUUUAAGAAAACAUUUGGAAAGCAGAUCUUAACACCUGUACGCAGGUCUGUGCGGUUAGAGCAGGCUAGCAUCCAGUAUCCCUCGGUUGUCCAGGAACAUGGUUUGACUGUCAGAACACUGGAAGAGCUUCCUGAAGAUGUUCAACAGGACUUGUUGUUUAAACCCAACUUUGCUGUUCAAACCGAGCUCAAUGAGGCCUGGAAUAAGCUUCAGCUGGACUCAGACCUGUAAACUCCACAAAACUUUCAUUACAGCCUCGCAUCAAUGUUGGAAAAUAUAAUUAAUAUACAUUACUUUUUCAUCAGUUUUAGAUGACUCUUGAUGUUUAUUUUACCAAUUGUAAUGGUAAAUACCUUGAAAUCUCAAAGAAACCAAUAGAACUGGAGAACUGUAGAAAUGAGUUUGUAUAAAAUAUAAGAAUUAGUAAAGUUUUUGUGCUUUCAAGUUUUGGUGCAUGUGUAAAAUUAUAGUUCAUCACACAUUGUUUAGUACUACAGAAAAAGACCAUUAAAAGCACAAUGUACAACAUAA